CCUCCCCCCCCCCCCCCCCUCUCUCUCUCUCUCUGGAGACCGCCUGAAACCAUUUCUCAGCUUAUUGCUUCAUUUGUUGAUAUAAUCGAUAGCUUAAUCGAAAAGAAAAUGAAUCUUUGAUCGAUGAUGAUUAUGAUAUUCUCGGAGCUGUAUUGCUUUGCUUUUUCUGUAUCGGCGGCAUUCACAGUCCCUGGCUGAUGAAAACUAGGGUUUGUGUGAGCUUGUUUAUUAGUCGCCCAUGGCUGAGAUGAGAAAAUACAUCCCCAAUCAGCAACUAGACCUUGUCCAGAUAUUGCAAGAAUCACAGCAGCGUUGGCUCCGGCCUACUGAAAUUUGUGAAAUACUGCGCAACUACCAAAGGUUUCAGUUAACCCCAGAUCCACCCGUCAGGCCUUCAGCUGGUUCUUUGUUCCUCUUUGAUCGUAAAGCACUUCGGUAUUUUCGUAAAGAUGGUCACCGCUGGAGGAAGAAAAAGGAUGGAAAGACUGUCAAAGAAGCACAUGAAAAGUUGAAGGCUGGUAGUGUAGACGUUCUUCACUGUUACUAUGCCCAUGGGGAGGACAAUGAGAAUUUUCAGCGGAGGAGUUAUUGGAUGCUUGAUACUCAUUUACAACACAUUGUUCUUGUGCAUUACAGAAUGGUUGAGGGGAGCAAGUCUGGUGUCUCCCGUUUGCUGGUUGAUCCAGGAUCACAGGUUGGAAGCCCUCAAACUGCUUCAGCACCUUGCUCUGCACAAGCAAACUCACCUGCCCCUACAGUUCAAACAUCUUUUGCUUCAAGUCCAAUCAAAGUUGACUGGAAUGGACAAACAUUAUCUACAGAAUUUGAGGAUGUGGAUUCUCGGGGUGAUGCUGGAGCUUCGUCUCUUGCUCAACCUAUGCCUGGUUCUGUUUUGAACAAUGCUUGUCUACAGUUACCAGAAAUUGGAAGACUUUCUGAGUCAUUCAGGAAUCCUUCUGGUACAUGGUUUGCCGGACCUAAAGAUUAUCAAAGUGCUGGUUCAUCUGACUGGGCCAUGAACAGAUCAACAAGAGAGUCCAGCCUGCAUGACCAAAAUCUUUUUGUUGAAGACAUAAAGAAAAAUUUCUUUGAAGAACUUAAUGGAUCGGACUCCAUAACUCAUAAGCUAACAGACGCUAGACUGGAUAGUAAUAGGAAAGGCAAAGAUGUAACUUGUGAAGAUAGGUUGACCAAUGACAUAGAUGUGCAGGCUGUCACAACCCCUUCCCAGAGAGAAGCUCAGGUUGCAAAGGAAUUUGACUUCAGUCUGUUUCAUUCCCAGUUUCAGGGCCAUUCUGAUCCUCACACAGUAGCUUCUUCUACUGCCCGAGUUGAGAAGAGUUCUGGAGAUGGUGGUGUGCGUAGAGGUGAACCAGUAGAGCUGAAGAAACUCGACAGCUUUGGUAGAUGGAUGGAUAAAGAAAUUGGUGUGGAUUGUGAUGAUUCGUUGAUGGCUUCAGACUCUGGAAAUUACUGGAAUACACUUGAGGCUGAGAAUGGUGAUAGGGAAGUUUCCAGUUUAUCAGGCCAUAUGCAGCUAGAUGUUAAUUCACUUGGCCCUUCUCUUUCCCAGGAACAACUAUUUAGUAUAUGUGAUUUUUCUCCAGAUUGGUCUCAUUCAGGAACUGAAACAAAGGUUUUAAUAGUUGGAAGAUUUUUAGGAGGCAAGAAGAAUUUUACUGAGACCAAGUGGGGAUGCAUGUUUGGUGAAAUAGAGGUUCCCGCUGAAGUUCUGACUGAUAAUGUUAUUAGAUGUCAAACUCCUUUACAUGCUCCUGGGUGUGUUCCAUUCUAUGUGACUUGCAGAAAUAGGUUGGCCUGCAGUGAGGUGAGGGAGUUUGAAUAUAGAGAAAAACCUAUCGGGAUAUCUCUAAACAGCUCUAGAGAAGAUGAAUUGUGCUUUCAGAUUCGUCUUGCAAAAUUGUUGAACUUGGGAUCAGAGAGGAAGUGGUUGGAAUGUUCUGCUUUGGAUUGUGAUAAAUGUAAGCUCAAAAGUUCCAUAUGUUCAAUAAGAAGCAACAGCGGGAGUGAUUGGAUGAUAGCUGAUGGAGAUUCUAUGGCAUGCAAACGUGAUCAGUUGACCCACAUAGAUGUAUUGAUUCAGAAUUUGUUGAAGGAUAGACUUUUUGAAUGGCUGGUAUAUAAAGUUCAUGAAGAAGGUAAAGGACCACAUGUUUUAGAUAAUGAAGGCCAAGGCGUUCUACAUUUGGCAGCUGCUCUUGGUUAUGAAUGGGCGGUGGGUCUCAUAGUUGCUGCUGGUGUCAGUCCUAAUUUCAGAGAUGCCCGUGGAAGAACGGGACUUCACUGGGCAUCAUAUUUUGGAAGAGAGGAAACAGUGAUCACAUUACUUGGAUUGGGUGCUGCUCCAGGUGCUGUUGAGGACCCAACGCCAGCAUUUCCUGGAGGACAAACAGCCGCUGAUCUAGCCUCAAGUAGAGGCCACAAAGGGAUUGCUGGAUAUUUGGCAGAAGCUGAUCUAACCAGUCACCUGUCAUUGUUGACUGUCAAUGAGAAAACAAUGGAUAAUGUUUCCGCAACUAUUGCAGCUGAAAAGGCUAUCGAGAUUUCAGAAGCUAUAACAUCUGAUGUGACGGUAGAUGAUGAAAAUUCUCUGAAAGGUUCUCUAGCAGCAGUUAGGAAAUCAGCCCAUGCGGCUGCUCUGAUUCAAGCAACUUUCCGUGCUCGUUCAUUCCGCCAGAGACAAUUAACUCAGAGCAGCAUUGAUAUUCCUGAAGCUUCUAUUGACCUAGUUGCACUUGGUUCCUUGAAGAGAGUUCAAAAGUUCAGUCACUAUGAAGAUUAUCUGCAUUCUGCAGCAGCUCUGAAGAUACAAAGAAAAUAUCGUGGUUGGAAGGGGAGAAAGGAAUUUUUGAAGAUACGUAACCGUAUUGUCAAACUUCAGGCUCAUGUGAGGGGACAUCAGGUUCGUAAGAAUUACAAAAAGCUUGUUUGGUCUGUUGGUAUAAUGGAGAAAGUAAUAUUGCGUUGGAGGCGGAAACGGCCUGGUUUGCGAGGAUUUCGGGUGGAAAAGGCUAUUGAAGAUGUAUCUUCAGAGAAUAAAAGAAGUGAUGACUAUGAAUUUUUGAGUGUUGGGAGGAAGCAGAAAUUUGCUGGAGUUGAGAAAGCUCUUGCAAGGGUCCAGUCCAUGUCUCGUCACCCUGAAGCACGUGAACAGUAUAUGAGGUUACAGUCAAAGUUUGAGAAGCUUAAGAUGGCUGAUGGGAGUGGUGCCCCAAAUAAAAUUGAAGGUCAGUGAAAACGAUAAAAGAGGAAGACCUUGUUGCAUUCACUGAAGGUCACUGAUCAACUCCAUCUUGUCACAAGUACUUCAAUGGAGUUGAGCUUUUUGGUACUUAUCAGCCUUACCCAUUAAUAUUUGCCUGUAAUAACUCAUGCUUUACUCAGGAGGUUCUGUCAACUGCAGAAAGGAAAAGGAGAAGGGCGACAUUAACACUCAUACAGACUGAGAUAUUUUUCUUCUCUUAGUAUGUCCUGUUGUAUAGUUUUGUUUUGUCUGACCUAGGUGUAGGAUUAUGUAAAUUGGGCAGCUCACAAUUUGAAACUUGAGAACAGUUGACAUAUAUACAGUUAUUCUUGCCACUAUUAUUUGCA